AUGCAUCACGCGAUUUUCGAUGGUUGGUCUAUCGAAUUGCUCAAAAAUCGUUUGCACAGGGCAUACGUUGGACAACCACUGGAGACAGACAACUUCCGAACGUUCAUUCAGUAUAUUAAGUCUCUCGAUUCGCAAUCAAUGGCCGAGUUCUGGAGGCAGUAUAUGGCCGGUGCAAAACAAACUAAUCUUCCAUUCACAAUUCCCUCGGGUUAUAUACCAAAGCCCACGAGCUACCAAAGACAGUCAAUAGACCUCACUGCCGCAGCGUCUAUGGGUGUCACCCCUUCAAACUUGCUUCAAGUGGCCUGGGCUAUUCUUUUAGCUAGAUGGAGUGAAGAAGAGGAGGCUGUAUUUGGGUCAACCUUGACUGGGCGAACAGUGGAUCUCCCUGGGGUCGAAGAUAUGGCUGGUCCUACUAUUACAACUUUGCCUAUCAGGAUGAGAUUGUGUGAUUACGAAGGCCAAAUGAGGAGCAGCCGCCGACUGAAGGAUCUUUUCGCUGACUUGCAGCAAUACCAUCUUAUGGUGAUUCCUCACCAACACUAUGGCCUUCAGAAUAUCCAGGGACUGAGUGAAGAGAUCCGCAAGGCGUGUAAUUUCUUCAGCUUACUUGUCAUCCAACCAGCUUCUUCGGCAGACAGUAGCGGGGUCUUUACCGGCCGCUUUGCGAGCCAGGGCCUACAGGGUGCGCACACGUACGGCCUCCUUCUCAGUUGUGACCUCACUGAGUUCGGGGUGAGUGUUCUCGCGAGCUAUGAUCCAAACGUUGUGAGUGACCAUCAUGUACGAUGGAUACUGCAGCAAUGGAGGCAUAUUGUUGAGCAAAUGUCACAUGGAAAAGACAUGAGAGUCGACGACCUAUACAUUGUUAGCCCUGAAGACGAAAAGAAUAUUCGCCAGUGGAAUUCCGGCAUUACAGAGCCCAUCAACAACUGCAUUCAUCACAUGAUUGGCAAGCACUUUGUUAAUCAGCCUGAUGCUCCUGCUAUCAACUCCUGGGAUGGGAGUUUUACGUACCGGCAUUUGAUGGAGCUCUCUGGACGCUUGGCCUGUGAACUUAUCCGGAGAGGUGUUGGCCCCGAAAAGAUUGUGCCAUUAGCAUUCGAAAAGUCUGCAUGGACCAUCAUUGCCAUGCUCGCAACGCUUCAAGCAGGUGGCGCAUUUGUCCUGCUGGAUAUGGCCCUACCUCGAGAGCGUCUACAGUUGAUCAUACGUAAAGUGGAUGCUGAGAUCGUUGUAGCCAGCUCUUCUACAGCCCCGAAAUGUCCUUUUGAGAACACGAUUAUCUUGAACGAGACAACGAUCAAUCAAAUGGCUUUUGACAAAGUCAUGCUUGAAAGCGUCUCCGUUGGACCCGAUAACGCGGCAUAUAUGAUGUUCACGUCGGGUAGCACGGGUGAGCCUAAAGGAUGCGUAUUACAGCACGGCUCCUUCUGUACUUGCGGAUGGGGACAGGGUCUUGCAUUCGGAAUGAGUCCCGCAACGCGUUCGCUGCAGUUCUCUUCUUACAGCUUUGCGGCAUGUAUAAUUGAAAUCAUGACAACUAUGUUGCAUGGUGGAUGCGUCUGUGUGCUCUCGGAAGAGGAACGAAUGAACAGUAUCGCGGAGGCCAUCCAAGCCAGAUCGGUAAACUGGGCCUUCCUAACUCCCUCUCUCCUCAGUGUCCUCGAUCCCGAUUCCGUUCCCUCGUUGAAGGGUCUGUCUAUGGGUGGUGAAGCUAUUCGUGCGACACAAAUUGUUGAAUGGGCGAAUCGCGUGGAUUUGCAGCAAGGAUAUGGCAAUGCAGAAUGUUGUGGCGUUGUCUCCACAGGCAGCCUAAAUGUGAACUCAAGCACGAAAGACAUCGGCAGACCAUAUACAGGACGGAUCUGGCUCGUCGAGCCGGAAAACGUGGAUAAAUUGUCGCCCGUUGGUUGUAUUGGAGAGAUCUUGAUUGAAGGAGGCGUUGUCGGCCGGGGUUACAUGAAGGAGCCCGCAAAGACUGCUGCUGCAUUCAUCUCUGCCCCGGCAUGGCGGUUGAAGUUCGGCUCGCUGCCGAAUGGGACGCGAUUUUACCGUACUGGAGAUCUAGGCUGUUACAGUACCUCUGAUGGCAUGCUUCAAUAUAUCGGUCGGAAGGACACGCAGAUCAAGUACCAUGGGCAACGCAUCGAACUUGGCGAAAUCGAAUACCACGUGAAGCGUGCUGUCCCAGACUUUGCAGAUCCUGUCGUUGAAUUGAUUAUUCCACGGCAUGGGGCGAAGGAAAAUGCUGUCCUAGCGGCGUUUUUUUCUCUGGGAGAACGCUUCGUGGGGCCAGAGGACUUGAGAGCACUGAGCCAGGAGAUGCAGGAGCUCAUGAACAAACUGGCUCAGACGGUCACAGACAUGAUGAAAGGAACUGUGCCAGAAUAUAUGAUCCCGACGGUUUUCAUUCCAUUAAAACAUUUCCCGAUGACACUUUCCGGCAAAACUUACAGAAAGGGGUUGCGUGAAAUCGGAGGCUCACUGUCUGUUCGGGAACUAAAGAGCAUCGUUGUCCUUACUGCUUCAGCGACCAAAUGGCUACACACGAAGGAAGAGGCAGCUCUCCAACAGUGCUUGGAGAUUGCAUUGGGCAUCGACAAAGAUACAGUAGGCCCAGAUGACGAUUUCUUUUCUCUGGGUGGCGACUCGCUGAGUGCCAUGCGUCUGGUCUCGGUCGUACGAAAACAAGGGCUGGCUUUGUCUGUCAAGGACAUUAUGGGUUCACCAAAGCUUGGGGAAAUGGCCAAGAAAUUGAAGGCAACCACUCUAGGGGACCUAUCAUCUCUGAAGGAAUUCUCACUUCUCAAUGCCGAUGUGAAUCGAGUGAAGUCUGACGUCGAGUCGAAAUUAACUGACGUCGAUAUCCGGACCGUGCAAGAUAUCUACCCAGCGUUGCCAUUUCAGUUUGAGCUUGUCUUUGCCUCUAGCAUUUAUCCAGGUAAGUACACGGCGCAAUUCGUGCUAACACCAUUGAAUGGCGAUAUCGAGAAGUUGAAGCUUGCUUGGGAGCAGACUUUAAGUCAAACUCCCACCCUUCGCACUCGUAUCGUACACUGUGACGACAUUGGAACGUUACAAGUGAUUUCAAACACACCAGUGGCCUGGGGCGCUGAGGAAUACCUGAGCAUAUACUUGGAGAAAGACAUCUCAAAGGGCAUGUCCUUUGGCGAGGCACUAUGUCGGUCAGCUGUUGCGAAAGACGAGACCACUAACCACAGGGUCUUGGUCUUAACUAUCCACCACGCUUUGUAUGAUGGAAUGAGCUUGCCGCUCAUUAUGAAUCGACUGAAUCAGAAUUUCUGGGGACACGAGAUCGAUCAUCCUCCCGGGUAUAACGAGUACGUCGGGCUUAUUCAGAAGCAGGAUCGAUCAGCUGCGGAGCGGUUUUGGAUUUCAUACCUCAGGGGAGCGAAGAUGACACCAUUUCCCAAUGUCAAGAAAGGGACAAAAAUCUGCGCUGAUUCUUUAAUGACCUACGAAAUGCCCUCCAGAAGCCCUUCAAUGGGUUGCGUUACGGUAGCCUCCACACUACGGGCUGCGUGGGCAGUGCUCCUGUCUCAUUAUUCCGGGGAAAGCGACGUUGUCUUCGGUAGUGUGCAAAGCGGCCGGAACGUUGAACUAUCUGGAGUCGACAAAGUAAUCGGGCCCAUGGCCACGGUUUUGCCGAUGAGGACAGUCAUCAUUGCAGAUGAAACAGUGAAAGACAUGCUUGUUGCCUUCCAACAACAGACCGUCGAAAUGAUUCCCUUUGAGACCAUGGGGCUCUCUCAGAUUAGUCGCCUUAGUGACAGUGCUUCUGCUGCGUGCGACUGUAAUACUUUAUUUAUUGUGCAUCCAGCAGAAAGCGAGCAUCAGCCGACGGCAUUCACUUCCAAAGAGAUGAGUACCGGCAGUGACAGAUUCUAUUUGAAGCCUUUGAAUGUUGAAUGUCGACUUUCCGACAAAGGUCUGAUCAAGGUCGAUGUUCACUUCGACUCAAAUAUCCUGGGCCGCCAACAGGUGCGAAAGAUGUUGACCCGCUUCGAAUUGAUAUUCCAGCAUCUAGUCGAUCCAAGCGAUGAGAUGCGUGUCCGCGACAUUCCUUCUGCCAGUCCUGAGGACAUUAUGCAGCUUGUGCAGUUAAACAAGGAAUACAGGCGCUUUGAUGAUGAGAUUAUCUCCAACAUCCCUCACGCUCUCUCAUCUUCGAAGCAUGGCCGCCUGUGGGUAACAAAUCGCUGGAAUCCACGACAACUGGUCGGUAUCGGUACGCCUGGGGAGCUCUGUGUUGAGCCCAUUGCAGAGGAACCAGGGUUAAGUACUUCCCCAAACCCUUUUUGGGAAACCAAUUCCCCUCCUCUCCAAGUCGGAAAAGUUCUGAGAACUGGUGUUCUCGCGGUCUACCGUGACGAUGGAUCUAUAUCUUGCGUUGGGCGGCUUCAGGACUCCGUUGUGGAAGAGGCUGCUGCCUCGACGUCUCAGAAAUCUGGAACAACAAACGGGGUGGUUGAGAAGCAAUCAAGGGAGAUUGAAGCUUCGCCCUCCAUGUUGACAGGCAAAGAGCUGGUUCUGGCGCGCCUAUGGGCUUCCGCGUUGAACAUCGAACUUGAGCAGAUUGGUCGAGACGACGAUUUCUUCCUCAUUGGAGGUGACUCACUUAAUGCAAUGCGUCUGACGGCUACCGCACGCAAAUCAGGGUACUCCCUACCAGUCCGUGACAUAUAUCGCAAUUCAACUCUUCGGGCUAUGGCAUUGCUGGCCACCCCUCUCUCUCCGCCGACAACGCAAGCAGGGACCCAGGGAAGCCCAGCCACUCCAAAGAAACUGGGGUCCGAUGCUCUUGGUCGAAUUGGUGUGAAGGAUUCUGAUGUAGAGGAGGUGCUCCCUUGUCUUUCUACGCAGGGGCUCAUGCUCUCCACGUCACUCCUGAACAGCAAAGGGUUACUGUACUACUACUGCCUAGACAUUCCAUCUUCAGUUGAUGUCACUCGAUUGAUGCUUGCAUGCACUAAAUUGGUACAGCGUCAUGAUAUUCUCCGCACUGUAUUCGUCAAGGAAGGUGCCAAUGUUCAGCAGGUUGUGCUGAAACCUUACGACAUCAAGUUCCAUAUUGAAGAUGUUACAACUAACGCCCAAGAGGCCAGCGCUAAGGCUAUUGCGCUCGAUAAAAGUACCUUCCAGGUGUGGGAUCAACCAAUUGUUCGUUUUAUGCUGCUUCGUAACCAGCAGCAGCAACAUAGCCGACUCGUCAUGCGCAUUUCACAUGCACAAUUCGAUGGCAGCAGCUUUCAUCUUUUGCUGCGUGAUCUACAGUUGGCGUACAACAAUGACGUUCUGCCCUCUACGUCCAGUUUCAGCACGUUUGUUCAUGCCGUCGAGGGCGUCGACAAAACAGCCUGUCGCGAUUACUGGAAGGGCGUACUCGACGGUGCUAAUGAGUCCCGCCUGAUUUUGCAUCCGCGCCCUUCGUAUAGUAACUCCAUGGACUCCAUCAUCUUCCGCAACAUGCCCCGCUUACAAUGGACGAGGAUUGGUUUCCCCUUUCCAUGCGUUCUCAAGUGUGCAUGGGGCAUUGUUCUAGGGGAGUUGGUCAACGAGUCAGAUGUCACUUUUGGCGAGGUCAUUGCGAAUCGGCGUGUCCCCAUGGAUAACGCCUGCGCGGUACUAGGUUCUUGUAUUAACAUGGUUCCCGUCCGCGUGAAGAUGGAUCAUGGCCAGAAGCCCCGUGAGAUCAUGACUGAAUUGAAGGAGCAAAGUUUUUCAAGACUUCCCUAUGAAUCUUCCCCGUUUGAUGUCAUGAUGGAGGGCUGCACUUCUUGGAGUCGCUGGCCCCGGUUCAGCUCGGUCGUCGUGUAUCAGGAUAUACCUAUGAAUGACUACUACUUGGAGAAGACGCCUAUCUUACUGGGCGACGAUGAAUGCGAGCUUACAUGGACGGAACCAACUUGGGAUAUGGCUGAUCUGGCGCUUAUCGGUAGACCGUAUAAGGAUCAAGUGCGGGUCGAACUUGGCUACUGCUCCAGAACCAUACCGACCAAUCUUGCAGUAUCCGUGCUUGAGCGGGUGGUGGCUUGUGUGACCACCCUCUACGACAGGUUAGACAGUCCAGUUACUACUGCGGAUACUGGCCUACCAUCCCCUUUCCCACUCAAGGCGCCACCUCCUCCAUCUGGCUAUGCUAAUUUGACGGGCAUGGCGGGCCCCCCUGAUCCAACGAUUGCCAACACAGUGCGCGGGGUUUGGGGUUCGGUUUUCCCCUCUUGUUUGAAACCGGGAAUGACGACGGAUGUGAGCAUGUUCGACUUGGGUGCGGAUAUUUUCACGGUCGAUCUGCUCAGAGACUUGUAUGAGAGCCAAGGGUUCAAGAUCUCUAUUGAAGAUCUCAUGGAACAUUCGACCAUGGACGGACAGAUUGCGCUUUUAUGUAUCCGGAAUUAGUCGAAUGGUCAGUUGAUGAGGGGGCAAUGGCAAAGCUAUCUUUUUGCUCCGAUUAUUGUCAUAUUACUGUUUAGUUUGAUAUCUGCACAGAGGAUAUUCUAGGCCAUAGAAAUUCAGUUACUGUUAUCCAAAUCCAAA